GUGACCUCCUGCCGGCCGACGGGGUCCUGAUCCAGGGCAACGACCUCAAGAUCGACGAGAGCGCCCUGACCGGGGAGAGCGACCACGUCCGCAAGUCCCUGGACAAGGACCCGCUGCUGCUCUCGGGCACGCACGUCAUGGAGGGCUCGGGCAGGAUGGUGGUGACGGCCGUGGGGGUCAACUCGCAGAGCGGCAUCAUCUUCACCCUGCUGGGCGCCGCGGGGGACGACGAGGACGACGGCAGGGACAGGAAAGGUGACACCGCAGCCGGGGGUGGCUCC